AUGAGCAUGACCUGGUCAGAUGUAUCAAUCUCGAUAGACCCGAUCAUUACUGACAACGUUUUCAUUGGAAACCUCUCUGCCGCUUUAUCGAUCGAUUUGCGCAAGAAAUUUGGAAUAACGCACGUUCUUUCAGUCUGCACCGAAUAUUCAUCUGCAGACCCUAACCACCUCACUAUACCCGUGCAAGACUCUGAGUACGAAGAUCUCCUUAUAUAUCUUCCUCAAGGAUGCAACUUCAUUCAAUCCGCUUUGGAUCAAGGGGGAAAGGUCCUAGUGCACUGCGUCAUGGGCGUCUCAAGAAGCCCCACCGUUGUCUGUGCUUACCGUGAGUUUACGUCCCUUUGUUCUCUUCAUUCGUUAUGGAACGCUUACUUUGGCUGCACGCUUGGUCAAGUAAUGUCCACCCAACGACUAUCUGCUCAUGCAGCAAUACAAUACGUGCGAAAACGUCGACCAGAGAUCCACCCUAAUUAUGGAUUCAUGAAGCAGUUGAUUACUUUCAGCGAGUGCCGUUACAAGCCCUCACGCACAAACGGCGAAUACAUCGCCUGGAAGCGCAGGCAAAAACGAGAAGUCUCUAAAUACCUCGACCUGAUCGCCGACACCGUACCCGUGAUACCAGAUCAAUUAUACCUUAGUAGCGACUUCCCAAGAGAUCCUGAUGCUGCCGAAUCACUUCUAUUGGACUUGGGCAUGACGCAUGUGCUUUCCAUCUCAUCUGCCCAGCUUCCGAAGCCAGAUCUUCCUUUGUUCAAUCACUGUUUUAUUGACAUCCCAAAUAACGGCCGCGAAGCCUUGCUGCUUGAGCUUCCGACGGCCUGUAAAUUUAUUGGCGAUGCCAUUACGAGUGGAGGUCAAGUGCUUGUUCAGUGCCGUGUCGAGCUGAGAGCUUGUAUCAUAGUUUGUGCGUAUUUCAUGUUCACGCGUCAUGUAUCACCACGUCAAGCACUUGGACUUCUUGAAUCUGCGCUUCCACUGUACAACCCAACAGACAAUUUCUACCGCCAUCUAGACCUUUUUGCAGCGUGCAAUUACGCUCCGACACCCAACAAUCCCCUUGUCCAAGCAUGGAUAUCAGGAGGCACGCAGGGCGGUAAGCCCCCCCUCAAAAAGAAAUCUGCUACCUCGACCAACAACGCUACACUGUCGCUCGCGACCACGACGACGACGCUUGCGACGGAGGUGAAGGUGUUCGAUUUUGCAGCGCUCAGCGAGGUGCUGGCGCGGUUUCAGUCGACUUCGACGAGCGUGGGCGCUGGGCGCGCAUAGUUCUCUAGCACUGAGAUUCUUGUAUUACUCACUACUGAAUGUGCUCAUUUCAUUAUACCCCUUUCUUACUCUGUCAGCAGUAUGCAUCGACUUGCGAGGAUGUGCUGUCGCGUCUAACUUCAAAUCUAGAACUGCAGGAACCACUGGUCAUAUCGUACCAUAGGUCAUGAUGUAGACAAAUCA